AUGGAGCAAUCACAGAGUCUUCGAUCUUUAUUUUUGUCAGCUAAAGAAGGCAAGUCAUUGCUUGAGUCACGGGGCGACACCAACACAGCCGCCUACCGCGACGAUGUCAAUGCGACGAUCGCCAAGUUCCAGGAGUGCCAACGACAAAUCAGUAUUUUGUCGCUAUUCAGCUCUAACGAAUCCCUGGACGAUGUUUCAUCUGGUGAUCUACAAUAUAUGACUCUGGAAUACCACCUUGCCGAACUCAUCCAGCGAGGCCCCAGCGCUGACCGCCAAUCCGUCCUUCAGAGAGCCCUGGAACAAUACGAGAAAUUUCUGACGCGUCUUGAUGAAUAUGAGUUAUUGUCGAAGGGGGAUCGGAAGUUAUUCGAGACAUACAUGGCCAACCCGUCUGCCUUCACAUUGGCACCCGUCAACGAUGCGGCGACUCGUCGGGAUACAAAAGUUAGACGGUUUAGGGAAGAGAAAGAACUCAAGCAGAAGCUAGAGUAUUUGGCCCGAAACGAAGCACAACUCCAAAGCGAUAGUGAUGCGACCCGGGAACUCUACCUAUCCGAACUUCAACUCUAUACACACCAGACCUUCCAAGCUCUGGAUUUGUUGGUGCAAGAAUUGUCUAUGCUUUCCGCCAUGCGGAAUGCACCUAUACCGGAGCCGUCCCAAAUGCCGCAAAAUGAUAAUCGGCAACGCAGUAAUCUGGGAGGCGCCAAUUACUCGGAUCGCCUGGAUCCCUCAAUCUCACAAUUACUUGGAGGAAGGAAUGGUCCCCUAUUGAACAGCAAGGGCAGACCAAUGCAGCCAUUUACCCUACUCGACCGUCGCUCGCAGCUCCAGCAGGGCGUGUUCCGCUCCGGCCAUAACCUACCAACCAUGACGAUUGAGGAGUACCUUGACGAAGAACACAGGAGGGGCAAUGUUCUUCAAGGUGGCGAGCAAUCCGGAAUUAUUGCUGAAAUUGAUGAAGAUGAUCUAGACAAGGCUGACGAGGAGACCAUGAAAGCUCGGGCUUGGGAUGAAUAUGUUGAGGCAAAUCCUCGCGGAUCUGGAAAUACUCUCAAUCGCGGUUGA